GGCAGCUCUCCCGCCCCAGCUAUUGAAGGCGUUUAACAAUGUCGACUACGGAUGCCAAUCCGAUUAAAUGGACUCGAGCGAAGGCUCCUCGCGUCAGAACUGGCAGCAAGACAUGGUACGUCAAGCUCCUGUCCUGGCGUGCAUUGGUUAGGACAAAUCCGCUCACUCUGUAUUGAUAGCAAAACCCGCCAUCUCAAAUGCGAUGAAGGCAAACCGUCCUGCAAGCGAUGCGGCAAGGAUGGCUACACGUGCGAUGGCUACGAACUCAUCGCUCGCAAGCUAAGAGCCAAGAAGCAUAGUCUACCGGCCCAAGAAAGCAAAAUUCUUACAAUCCGGCGUAAGGAACCACCCUGGCCGCUGAUUUCUUCGGCCCCUGAAUUGAAUGGCGACAUCUCUCUACUACCGACAGAGAGCGAUUUGUUCUACCAUUUUCGAAACUGCACUAUGCAAGAUCUUGAGACGGCAUCGACUCCUACUGAUUUCUGGUACUUCCACGUUCUUCCCCUCGCUCAUGCUGUGGAGCCUAUCAAGUAUGCGAUUUGCGCCCUUGGAGGUGUCCACAAACGUUUCAAGUCUCAAGCUAUAGGAUCGUCAGCAGGAGCCCUGGCUAUUCGGGACCUGGAACGCGUUUCUAUUGAGCAGUAUAACCAGGCGAUCCAUCACAUCAAAGCAUAUUCACAACUAUCCAACCUAAACACUGAGGCUAUUCUCACAUGUUGUAUUAUCUUUAUCUGCAUUGAAACUCUACUGGGUCGAUAUGUUGAGGCACUCCGUCACUUGCAAUCGGGCUGCGCACUUCUUACCUCACUCCAAGAGUUAUCAUAUGACGAUACAGGUCUCACUCUGCGACAAGACCUACAAGAGAAGACCAGGUUCUUCGACAACAUUGUUGCUAUGUUUUCUAAACUGGGGCAAGACAUUACCUCUUACGUUGGAUUUAACGUUAUUCCAAAAUUGUAUCAUUACGUCAAUACUGGAUUGGAAGCACCGGGCCCAAUCAUACCGUUCGAAUCCGCGGCGGCGGCGGCAAACUCACUCUUCCACAUUGAUGUUGAAUGGACGUCAAGGGCAUAUCUUCCGGUACGGCAGAUCACAGACAACACCGCCGGGAUAGGGUGGAAAACAGAUCAAUCAUUACGCAGAAGCUCGGAUAAUAGUUGGUCAAGCAAAGAAGGCUGCACAGAAUCCAUACCUCAGCUUUUCAAGAUGUGGAGUCAGCGUUUCGAUCUUUUCAAGGGCCAAGUUGAUAUGAAAGCUCUUCCAAAGCAGGAUCAGCAUCAAGUCAUGAUUCUAUCCAUGGAACAAGAAUUCUGGGCAGCCUUUUUAGAGCUCGAUUCAUUUGAAGAAACCAUUCGACCUGAACGAUGCGAUGCGAUAUUGCAGAAAGCCGAACAACUGGUCCAAUGCAAGGUUUUCGACACGACCCCAAUCUUUGUCUUUGACGCAAAUUUGGUCCCCUCCAUGGCUGUCAUCUGCACUUCAUGCCAAGACAUUGAUAUUCAGAGGAGAUGUAUCCGCGUUUUGCGGUCUGUCAGGAGAAGAGAGGGGAUUUGGGACAGUCAGCAAGUGGCUGAUAUUCUGGAGUCUAUGGUGGUAGGAUGGGAGCGAAACCAAAUUGCAUGGGACAUGAUAUGCUGGGAGAUGCCACGAUUGGCAGCAAUGGUCUCAUCCCAUGGCUUACCUUCGUUCAAAGCACCGAGGGAAAUUUUGUGCUUAGUGGACGAAGGCGUUUAGGCUCUGGACAUGGUGUAGAUUGUAUUGCUGAGAUUAUUCACGCCACAGCAAAUGAGAAAUACAUCAUUUGCGAAGCACAAGGCUGUAUCUAAGAAUGCAACCGGU